AUGCGUCGUCACCUUACGAUCUGGCCAUUGGCCCUUUGCGGCUUGGCGACUGUCGCAAGUUGCGAAGACCGACGAUACUCGACCUGGAUGCUGGACAGCAUCAAGGCGCGCAAGCAGGGCAUCAUCUCGUCUGGUGAAUCAAGCAGUUUCCUGGAAACGGGCAUUCUAUCCAUCGCCAUGGAGGCUGCACUGAAGCAAUACCCGGAGCUUAAGGACCAAUAUGUCCCUUACUUGGAGGAAGUUCUAAACGAGGGCACUCCCAAUUUGGUCAACGCAACUUACGUCGCAACCCGACCUCUGGACCGCUUCUCGGUUGCAAACGCCAUCAACGCUAUUUCCAAGUCGGGAAUCGCGACGAUUUCGGACACGGCAUCAGCAGCAUCGAAAGCCAUCAACGAAUCUCUGUCGCUUCAAAUCCGCAAUCCUGUUGGAGGCUUCUGGUACUACGUCUACCCUCAAUGGAGUUACCUGGAUGGCAUGUUCUCUGUACUUCCAUUCAUGGCUGCGCAACCCCAGCCUAACUACACCGACAUCAGCUUGCAGGUUUCGCUGCUCUACGAACACUGCUUCCAGAAGAACACCUCCUUGGUCGCCCACGGGUACGAUUACUCAAAGACUUCCGUCUGGGCAAACAAAGAGACGGGCGCGAGCCCGUAUGUAUGGGGCCGCGCCGUAGGCUGGUUCGUAGCAGGUUUGGUUCAGACGUGGGAAGCUCUCGAUUGUCCCGCUGGCAAGCACGAGGCCAAGGCUGUGUGCAAGCAACUGCAACACAUGACGACGCAAUUGGCUACGUCUCUCAUCCGCUACGCCGACCCCGAGACCGGCGUCUGGUGGCAAUUAACAACGUUCCCGGGACGCAGCGGCAACUAUCUGGAGAGCUCUAGCACGGCCUUAUUUAUGUUCUCUAUGCUCAAGGGCGAGAGGCUUGGACUUCUGUCGAACUCGAAGGUAGACUUCAAGAAGGCAGCUUUGAAAGCUUACGACUAUACCACCCGAAACUUUGUUGUCGAUACUGGUAACGGUACGAUCGGGUACAACAAGACAGUCGCUGUGUGCAGUCUCAACUCUACGGCGUCAUACGAGUACUAUACUCACCAACCGCUUUUGCCGAACAGUCUUCUCGGAGAGUCAGCUUUUAUCUUGGCCUCUCUUGAGGUAGAAAGGAAGUAG